UGGGUCGUGGCAGGUCUACGAAAGAGAAUUAAACAGCCAGUUGCAUAUCAUUUGACUCCUAACGCAGUAAAUGGAAAUGCAAUCAGGUUGGUCAAUGAAGAGCUCAUUAUUAAAAUUGAGGAAGAGACUGGAGCGAAAAUCAAGGCCUUUGUCACCGACAUGUGUGGCGCAAAUUUGAAACUGUGGAACCAUUAUGGAAUCGAUGCCACCAGGUUAUAACAAAUACUCUAAUCAAUUUAAGAUUAAAUUGCAAUUAUUAAUAUGAAAUUAACAGGAAAGGCCAAGUCACGUAUGACUGUCCUCAUCCAGUGGACCCAAUCAACAGACGAUUGGCAAUUUUGCCCGAUGUUGCACAUCUGGCAAAAAACAUCAAAGCGGGCCUGACUAACAACAAGGAGUUUGAAAUCAGCCAAGAAAUUGUUCAGAAGUACAGUUUGCCAUCCAACAAAAUCUGCUACAGGUUUACAAUAUUUUUUUUUAACAAUGGCACAUAAUCAUCUCAUUUGAUCUUAAAGCCAUCUUGUGGAGGCAGCAGCAUACGAAAAUCAAGAUGAGUUGAAGCUGGCACCAAAAUUAGCUAAAGCAGCACUCAAACCAAACACAUUCCAGCAGAUGAGGGUAACAAACACUAUCUGGGUGUUUAAUGAGGCAACUGCUGCUGCCCUUGAAUAUUUGGCCAGGGAAAAAAAUGACCUUUCUAUGAACACAACUGCAUGGUUCAUCAAAAAGUUCAGAAGAUGGUGGAGUCUACUCAUGUCCACUAAUGGAAUAGCUCUUAGCUACAAAAGUAUAGCUAAAUUUGAGGAGGCUCACAAUGACUUGAUGGAGUUCAUAGAUAUUGUACGAGGUAUCUAUGUCAAAGGUGGAUGGAAACCGUGGCAGCGAGGUGUGUUAGUGGCCACGACAGGAAUUCUCUCUAUUUCAGUGGAGCUCCUUGAUUCAGGUUUUGACUUUGUCCUCUGCAAAAGAUUUUCUUCCAAUGUCAUUGAGAACCUCUUCUCCGUGAUCAGAACAAGAUUUAAAGUUCCCACUGCCCUUGAGUGGCGAAAUGCACUCAAGAGCAUUAUUCUUUCGCAGUAUGCGAAGACGGUGCGAACAUCUAAUUAUGAACUGGAUUUGAGUGAAAAAUUUGCAACUGAUGGAUUUGGUACCGAGCUCGACUUUUUGAGGGGUACUGCAUCCAAAUGCAGCCUCACUGCACCAGAAUGGCCUCAAGACUGGGCCUCAAAAGCUCCACCUAGUCUGUCAGCGAAAAACCAAAACGCCCUCUUCUGUGUUGCUGGCUACAUCUUGGACAACAUCAUGACGAACCAAAAGGUGUGUGAAGGCUGCUUUGAUGGUGUCAUUGUGCCCAGAUACAGGGAAGAGUACACAUUGUACAUUGCCAGUAGAGAGUUCGAAGAAGGGCUGUUGACGUUUGUGUCACCGGAGGUGUUCAAAUGGUUUGUAGCAGUCGAGGGGCUGUUCCAGGCCGCAUCUGCAUGCCAGGGCAGCACGUUGGACUCUAAGGUUCUAACAUCCAGGAUUAAAGAAAGUGUCCAACUGCACCCAUUCCCAACCUGCCACAGCCUGGAAGAAAAAACACUUUCAAGAUUUGUGUUGUUUCGAGUGAAGAUCCAUUGCGCUCAUGCAACACGGGAAAUUGGCUCAAAAAAAAACAAUCCAAGAUCUAAGGGAAGUGCGACUGCCGGCGGACACGAGUUCGCCCUAGGUUCUGUGGUUAGGCCAUAG